UCUCCACGCACCCACACACACACACACACACACACAGCUGAUGCGACUCUAUCACUACAUGCAUGGUGCGUUUUGCUGGAUCGUGUAAUACAGGGAGGGAGAUGGACACAAAAAGUUGAAGUGAAAGAUUCACUCAUCAUUCCUUGUUAUAACACUCACGCAGAUCCCUAUAUCAUCAGCCAAUCAGUGUUCUGCCAACAGGUACUAUAACAGAUACCACACCUAUGACAGGCACCAGCACGUGGAGGAAGGGACGAGAAGGUGGAGAAUAAAUUCUAUGAGUACUGGUAUAAGGAAGACUGUCACCAAUUACAAGGAGAACAAGAAAGGCAGGGACUUGUUCAAGAACUUGAAUGCAAUUCAUGUGGAUUCUUUCGGAUAGGGCACAGAAAAUUUAGAUCUGCAAGGAAUCAACAAGGACUCGCUGUCUGAGAAGAGGAGAGACGCAGAAUAAAGAGUUUGGAGGAUGGACACAUGGCUGAAUAUAGUCCAGAAGCUUCCGGCCCUGUAUGUCUUGUGCUGUUCUGUAAUCUUCAGGAUCGUUCACAGGUUCCUGCAGACUGUGCCCAGACCCGGAACGGUGAAAGCAGACCCCUGGAGGACGUGGAAAUGGAGGAACCUCUCAGUGUCACUCGUCCACUCACUGCUGACUGGUAUCUGGGCCGUCGCCUGCGUCAUACAGCAUCCUGUGAUGGUGCAUGAAAUCCACUCCACCUACACCCCAUCAGCAUACAUGCUAGUCGUCGUCUCAUCUGGAUAUUUCAUUCAGGAUGCUGCUGACAUUAUCUUUAGUGGGUAUGCCAAAGCAUCUUGGGAGUUUUUACUUCACCAUGUUAUGGUGAUCUGGUGUUUCCUGUAUGCUGUGUUCACUCAUCAGUAUGUGGCAGGCUCAGUGGUGGCUUUGUUUGUGGAGGUGAACAGUGUGUUCCUACACACUCGUUUAUUGCUCAAACUGGCUAAGGUGGCCCAGAACUCUUUCAUCUACACCGUCAACAAACUGCUCAAUGUGGUGACCUACGUGACCUUCCGGCUUGGAGCACAGUUUUACCUCACCUGGUACCUCAUACACCACUACUCGACGUUGGAUCAUGCCCUCUACUUCCUGAUAACCAUGAUGCUCAUGAACAUCAUGAUUCUCAUCUAUUUCUACCGCCUCCUCCGAACCGACUUCUUCAGCAAGGGGCGUUCUCGCAAUAGUGCUCGUAAAUUUGCUGAGGACUAAACCAUCAGAGGCUGAUGUCAUUCGGUCCUAAACCAAAGACUGGAUUCAAGUGACUGUUAACACAUUUAUCCAGAAAAUGCCUGUACAGAAUGAGCAAACCUCACCAGAGAGAGUCUGAUGUGAAUCAGAGACAUUUAAAAAGUUUUCACUUCUUAGAAUAAAUCUUCAACUCUUCAAAAAAAUCUAACAAGGGUUAAGCCAAUCAUUUAAGGAUCCGUUAGCACAAAUGGGUUUUACACUGCGAUAAG